AUGAAUGUGACGGAUGAUAUGCCAUGUAAUAUUUGUCUAACAAGUUAUGGCUCUGCUUCAGUCGAUCACCGAGCUACUAUUUUAAUGGUGGUCCUAGUGGCUAUCGUUCUUGUAGCGUGUCAUGUAAGUGUACUCUGGUGCGCUAUUCGUACGCGCUAUGAACCAGAUAAAACUGUCAAUGUUAUCGAUACUACUGUACAUGACAAUGAGGCAUAUAAUAUUGAAGAGGAAUACGAUGAGGACAUUGUACAUGAAACUGAAACUGCAAGAAUUUCAAUUCUACGAACAGCCACAAUACAACAUGUUCAUUCUAUAUCUGAAAAAUCAUCGAUGUAG